GGCAAAUGGUAAAGCUUAUCAUCAAUUACUACCGCGCAACUUAUGGACAAAUAAAAGCAAAAAAUCUGAUAUAGUUUUAUAUCAAAUUAUAGAAAAUGGUGAAUGUAAAGAGUUCUAUUUCAUCGAAGUUAAGCACCUUCCUAUU